AGUUUGGCACAUUAACUUUUAGAUGCUCAUUGUAAGGUUUGAAAUAAGGAUCAUAAGGUGUGAAAUUCUAAAUACCAAAAUUUAAACAAGUGGGGACUAUAAUCUAAUGUAAUAGUACACAGAUGAUUAUUGUUGGAUGUUGUAUUGUCAAGCAGAUUCAGAAUCAAAAUGUUUCAUCAAUUUUAUAUCAUUGGGAUAAUAUUUACAUGUGUGAUAAUUGUAUGUAUGGAUUUUGCUAGAGCGCAAACUAGUAGUACUAACAGUGGCAGCAACAACAGCAACAGUACAAAAAACAGAUUUUGUUAUAAAUAUCAGAACAUAGAAUUCCGGUCAACUUAUUGUGUUUAUCCUUGUCGGUAUUCAAAAAAAAGUUGCCCACGAGAUUCUGUUCAAACAGGUCGCCAAGAGGAUUGCCAUGUAGUACAGGAAUCAGCAUCUAGAUUUUCACGUCCUUUUGAUCUUCUAUAUAAUCAUGAUCUACUAUAUCCCAUAUGGAGACGUCUACAACAACAAAAUCCCCGUCCCAAAACGGAAGGAAUGUUAGGGUGUCGACAUGUAUGCAGAAAGAAAAUGCGGGUAAUGGACUGUUGUGAUGGCAUGUGGGGUGAUCAGUGUGAGGACUGUCCUCAAACUAAUGGCGAGGUGUGUUCAAACAGAGGCACUUGUUCAGAUGGCAUGAAAGGGGAUGGGACUUGUCAUUGCAUGUCUGGCUUUGGAGGGACUGCAUGUGAAAUGUGUAAACAUAACAAUACAUUUGGCCAAGAAUGUUCUCAAGUUUGUGCAUGUAUCCAUGGGGAUUGUGACUCAGGUUUGAAUGGUACAGGGAAAUGUGAUUGCCACUCUGGCUACACUGGCGAGAUCUGUGAUCAAUUGAUUUCAGGAUGUGCUAAUAUCACUUGCCAUGCUUUAGCCAAAUGUGAAUCUAAAGGAGGGAAGGCUGUUUGCAAUUGUAAACAUGGUUAUGAGGGCAAUGGAACAGAAGUUGGUGGCUGCACACCAAUCAAUGCUUGUGAGAGGUCACCAUGCCACGACAAAGCUCUAUGUACUAAUACUGGCCCAGACAUGUAUAAGUGUGAUUGUUUAAAGAACUAUGAGGGUGAUGGGAAGUAUUGUCAACCAAUCAACCCAUGUGCAACAAACCAUGGUCAGUGUCCUAGAAAUACUACUAAGUGUCUCCAUGAUGGACCUGGAUUGCACCACUGUGAAUGUUCAUUCGGAUAUGAAGAAUAUAUAGAUGGCAUUGGAUGUAGCUUGAUCGAUAUUUGUCUGACAAAUAGCAGUGAUUGUGACAAGAAUGCCAAUUGCACAACAGUGGCCCCAAAUGUAAUGAGUUGUACAUGUAAUGACGGUUACUUUGGUGAUGGAUACUACUGUUAUGGAAACAUUUUAGAACGCAUCAAGGAGAUUAAUCUUGAGGAUACCUCCUAUGCUCAAAAACUGACUUUCUCAGAAAAUCUAUUUAGUACUGUAUACCCAGAGGGCUUGCAAUCAAAGGGGCCAUUUACGGUGUUUGUACCACUGAUAAAGCCAUACUUCAGUGAUAUCUCAACAAGCAGAAAGCUAGCUGAAUUUCUACGUGAAAGAGAGUUUGGACAAAGCCUUGCUAACACAAACAUUGUUCCUGGAAUUCAUGCAGUCGAAAGUCUGAAGAACAAGUCCAGUUUCUACUCUUUGAGUGGCACCCCUGCACAGAUUUAUGUUAAAGAGGAUGAUGUAAGAUAUCGACUUCAAGGUCAAAGUCAGGCUGAUAAGGUGACAAUUCUAGCAGGGAAUUUUCAGGCUUCAAAUGGACUGAUUCAUAUUGUGGAUAAAUAUGUUCUUCCUACUGGUAGAGAUGUGUCCUGGUUCAAUUCUCAAUCAAAGAAAACACUCACUGAAAGCAUCAAAAAUGAUGGAAAAUAUAACAGAUUUGAAGCAUUGUUAACUGCUGCUGGAUUUGGUGACUUCUUGUCGGGGACAGGGCCUUACACUGUACUUGCUCCAAAUAACAAAGCUUGGGAUAGACUACCCAAGGAUUACACACAGUACCUGUAUUCACCAGAGGGUAAGGAUAAGCUGAUUCAGCUGCUGCAGUGCCAUAUAAUGAAUGAUACCAUUCGUGCAAUAGACUUAGUUUCUGGGAUGCAAUCUACAUUUACCACCAUUGGGGGAGUGAUGCUCAAUGUACAGAUUCAGACACAGGGCCUUAUCACCAUUGAGCAAGAUUCUGCAAUCGUGGAGAGUGACAUACCAGCAAGCAAUGGUAUAUACCAUCAUGUGAAUGGUGUAAUAAUGCCUAAGGCUAUUCUUCCAUUACUUCCAAGUAGAUGUGACAUUGAUAAUACAGUAGUUGUAAUGGGAAAAUGUGGACCUUGUGAUGAGCCACUUGUCUGUAGAUCAAGACAUGAUGUUUCAACAAAUAAAACCAAAGGAGGGUGCAGGUAUUGGGGUAAAGUGGGUCAAGGUCAAUAUCGGGCUUAUAUAGGAUGCUAUGUUCAAUGUAAACGAUCAUAUACCAUCCUUAAAUGCUGUCCUGGGUUCUUUGGAACAGAUUGCAUGCCUUGUCCUGGGGGGUUCAAGACCCCUUGUAACAACAAUGGGAAGUGCCUAGAGGGGAUGUAUUCAGGCAAUGGUACAUGUAUGUGUGACGUAAAUUUUCGUGGUGCAGCUUGUCAACUCUGCAAAAAGGACAACAAAUUUGGAAAAAACUGUGAUCAAACCUGCACCUGCUUACAUGGAGUGUGCUCUAAUGGGCCUAAGGGGGAUGGGCUGUGCAAGCCUAAUAGCUGUAAGAAUGGGUAUAGUGGCUUGAAUUGUGACCUCCAGUUGACACUAUGUGAAGAUGGGACCCGAGCAAAGUUGCAUUGUCAUGUGAAUGCAGAGUGUAUUGUAAAUUUUAAGAAUGAAUCACUCAUAGAUACUAGGUGUCAGUGUAUGGCAGGGUACAGAGGUAAUGGAUACAGCUGUGUAGCUAUCAACCCAUGCUUAGAUAUAUCAUAUGGGGGCUGCCAUAAACAGGCAAAAUGUUUGUACACAUCACCUGGGCAGAAUAAGUGUACCUGUAGGAAAGGUUGGGUGGGAGAUGGCACUGCUUGCUUCCGUGCGAGGAAGUGCUUCAACUCUAAGAUUCACUGCCAUAAGAAUGCAACAUGUAAAGGCAGAAUCAAAUCCAUAGUUGGACGGUGUGUAUGUAAUGAUGGUUACCAUGGGAAUGGUGUUUGGUGUGUACCUACAAACACUUGUGCAAUAAAUAAUGGAAAUUGUCAUAAAAAGGCCAUUUGCACAGUAACUGGCCCAGGAGAUAACAACUGUACCUGCCCCUUGAACUACAUUGGAGAUGGCUUCACCUGUGAGGGGCUUCUGGGUCUGGAAAUAUCAGAUAUACCUGAUCUUGCAGUAAUGAAUGAUGUAAUCAAGACUCUUCCAUUUACUGAUGAUUAUCUUAAUGAUAUAGACUCAAACUACACAGUUUUUGCACCAUACAACCAGGCUACACAACAGUUCCUUAAGUCCAUGAGCCUAAGAUACUGGACGCAGCACCUUAAUGUGCUAACACUCUUAAGCUAUCACACAAUUGAUGGAACAUACACCGUGUCUGAUCUUGUGGGCGCUGUCAAUGACACAAAAGCAACAUCUGGUAGUGAGAACACAGUGACAUCUAUAGAGACACUAGCUGAUGGAUUCAACAUUAAUGUAACAUAUGUUCCUAAGUUUGUGCGUGUAAACGAUGCGGUUAUUCUACAUGGUGACAUUCAUGGUCUUAAUGGAAUUAUACACAUCAUUGACAAGGUUUUAGAGCCAUAUCCCAUUGCAAAUGGAGAAGCACCAAGCUUAGUUGAACUAUUACAGAAUAACCAACAUUACACAAUAUUUCUGGGGUAUCUCAGUCGCAAGGGGCUAAUAGACAAACUUGCUAAUCUAACCACACAAUACACUUUAUUUGCACCUGUUAAUUCUGCCUUUAAUCAAUGGAAUGAGACAGAUUCACUUUUGGAGCACCUGGACAUGUUAUAUUACAUUGUCCCAGAGGUUCUUUAUACACGCAACUUGAUUAACCUCACAACUAUGGAAUUAGAUAGCCUUAACACAGAUGGUGAUUCAUUGGAACUAGCUGCAGAGAAUAAUAAGUUCUACAUCAAUGAAGUGGUGCUAGUUGAGACAGAUAUGGUGACUGAUGCGGGGGUCAUACAUGGUAUUGAUGGACUGCUCUGGCCCCCAGAACCAAGAUGGUGUAUGGAUGUCAAUACCUCAAUCCAUAAUUCAUCUUGUGGCCCAACUGUAGCACCAUGCCCAGAAGGCUAUUUUCCAAUGGCAACAGCCAUGUGCAAUAUGACAAGUCCCCAGGGUGUGACCACCAUGUCCCUGAAUGAAGUGACCAGUUCCCAAAGCAUAAUGACAAGUCCCAAAAGUAAAAUGGCUAGUCUCCAAAGUGAAUCGACAAGUUCCCAGCUGAUGGGUAUGAUGAGCAUCUGUGUAAAAACCAUUGAAACAAGAAAAUGUUGCCAUGGAUUUAGUGGUGAAAACUGUACAGACCCAUGUGUUGGAGAAUUACUUGUAACUGGGCCAAGGAGUGUUGUUCUCGAUGAUCAGAUCACAUCAUCAUCAGACUGGGACCGGAACCAUAGGGCUGCCAAUGCCAGGUUACACAGUAUAGGAAAGAAUGGCCGCACAAGUGCCUGGUCUGCAGCGGUCAAUGACCUGCUACAGUGGAUACAAGUAGAUUUCCAUUACCAAAGGAAAAUUCUGGCCAUAGUGAUACAGGGCAGAAGAGAGUUUGACCAGUGGGUGACACAUUACAAGAUGGCAUACAAGUAUAACACUACCAAUAAAACACCUGUGUUUCAAGACUACCAAGAGCCAGUUGGAAUCAUUAAGGAAUUUUCUGCUAACUCUGAUAGGAAUACCCCAGUCACCAACAGGUUGCUGCGACCAUUUAUCAGUGAUGUCGUGCGCAUUAUUCCAACAGCCUGGCAUGGUCACAUCUCAAUGCGUUUUGAUAUUGAGGGAUGCUUUCCAGAUUGUCCAGGUGAUCCUAACAACCCGUGUAGUGGACAUGGCACGUGUCUGGGUGAUGUAGGUCAGGCGACCAGUUGUCAGUGUAAUCCUGGUUACUAUGGAGACAAUUGUGAAUGGUGCUCUGAUACUAGUCAUUGCUUCACCAAAGAGAACCUUUGUGUUGGAAAUAUGAAUGGAGGAUGCCAUGAAGAUGCGAUUUGCUCAUAUAAUGAACAGAAGAAUCUCAAAAGGUGCGACUGUAAAGAUGGUUAUCAUGGCAUUGGUGACAGAUACUGUUUCCCAGAUGGUGGCGUUUGUGUAAUAAACAAUGGAGGCUGUUCCCAGAAUGCAACAUGUUCAUAUACAGAGCUCCCUGAAGAGGAGAAUAUAGAUGUCGCCUGCUACUGCAAUAAUGGCUUUGUUGGAAAUGGCACACUUUGUAAUGCUGAUAUGUUAGACACACUUGGGAAACUUAAUGACACCCAGGGGUUCUACAAUCAACUCUUUAAGUCUAAAGAUUCAGACAAACAAAUGAGAGACCUUAGAGAACAACUGGGAGAUAUCAAGACUCAAAUGACUGUAUUUGCACCAGUCUCAUCAAACUUAAACAAAACAACACCAUUGACAUAUGCAGACUUAGAAAACUAUGUGAUAGAAGAUACAAUAAGGCUGGAGACAUGUGAGAAUAAUACACAGAUCACUUCCUUGUCUGGUAGGACCAUGUUCAUAAUACAGAAGAAUGGUGGAUUUUUUCUUGAUGAUAUUGAGAUUCUGGAGAGAAACAUCCCAUGCACCAAUGGAAUGCUACAUCUCCUGGCCUCUCCCUUCAAGCUGCCCAUCCAUCAUCCAUCCUCUCCAUUCAGCCGGCCUAUAAAGACAUCCAAUGGGCAUGAAUAUGGGAAUGCUGCUCUUACAAUUGGCAUGUCUGUUUUUGGAGUGGCCAUCAUACUGGUCUGUGUUGUGGUCCUAGUAGUGCUGUUGUACAAAAGGUGGAAGCUGCAGCACCAGGAUGAGGAUUUACAAACCCUCAUUAAUACAUUCUUUGGGAAAAGAAACAAAGAUGAAGUUUCUGCAUCAUACACUAAACAUCAAGAUCCAACAAGCACUACAGACUUUGAAAAUCCACUCUAUGCUGACAGUGGUCCCUCUGUGACACUCAAGUGAAAUGACAUACCUAUACCAACUGAUUAUGAUUAAUCAAGUCCUUGUUUGGAUGUGCC